CAAGGCGAUCUAUCAAUUCUUCUUUUCGCUUGUGUGCAGAUAGACGUCCGCCUUUUAUCUUUACUGGAUAAUAAACUGGCCGAAGAGUUACCGGUUGCAAUCCCAGCUCCAUUCGGCGGAGUAUACCGCUAUAAUGGGUGUUUAUGACGAAAGUGGACUUAAAAACAGUUUUCGUGCUCGCGGAUUUAGAUAAAAAACAACACGUCUUGACGCCCGCUAGCUAACAUUAGUCCUCGCCACUAUCGUGUGGUUUUGGUGUUGCCUUGGUGAGAGUCUUCAAACGAGACAGAUACAAGGUAUAUUACUAGAGACACUUCAAAACCACAAAUAUGUCUGGGGCGUCUGUCAAAGUCGCCGUUCGGGUUCGGCCCUUCAACUCCCGGGAGAUGAGCAAGGAAUCAAAAUGUAUCAUUCAGAUGCAAGGCAACACUACAAUUAUUGCAAACCCCAAAGCCCCAAAAGAACCAGCAAAGACCUUCAGUUUUGAUUACUCCUACUGGUCACACACUACGCCGGAAGACCCCUGCUUUGCAUCACAGAACCUUGUGUACAAUGAUAUUGGCAAGGAAAUGCUGGCGCAUGCUUUUGAGGGCUACAACGUCUGCAUCUUUGCUUAUGGCCAGACAGGAGCUGGCAAAUCCUAUACCAUGAUGGGCAAGCAGGAGGAGGGGCAGGAAGGAAUUAUUCCCAUGCUCUGUGAAGAUCUAUUUGAGAAAAUCAAUGAGGACAACAACAAAGACGAGCUCUCCUACUCAGUAGAGGUCAGUUACAUGGAGAUCUACUGUGAACGAGUGCGAGACUUGCUGAAUCCUAAGAACAAAGGGAACCUUCGAGUGCGAGAACACCCGCUACUGGGCCCCUACGUGGAAGACCUGUCCAAGCUAGCUGUUACCUCCUACACAGACAUCGCUGACCUAAUGGACGCAGGCAACAAGGCCAGAACUGUGGCUGCCACCAACAUGAAUGAGACCAGCAGCAGGUCCCAUGCUGUUUUCACCAUUGUCUUCACGCAGAAGAAAUAUGACAGCGAAACAGACCUCUCCACAGAAAAGGUCAGUAAAAUUAGUCUGGUAGACUUGGCAGGAAGUGAACGAGCAGAUUCCACUGGAGCUAAAGGUACCAGGCUAAAGGAAGGAGCAAACAUCAACAAAUCUCUCACCACGUUAGGAAAGGUUAUCUCUGCCCUGGCUGAAGUGAGCAAGAAGAAGAAGAAGACUGACUUCAUCCCGUACAGAGACUCUGUUCUGACAUGGCUGCUGAGGGAGAACCUCGGUGGAAACUCGAGAACAGCCAUGGUAGCUGCCCUCAGUCCUGCAGAUAUCAACUACGAUGAAACUCUUAGCACACUCCGCUAUGCUGACCGAGCGAAGAACAUCAAAUGCAAUGCUGUCAUCAAUGAGGAUCCCAACAAUAAGCUGGUGCGUGACCUGAAGGAUGAAGUCUCUCGACUGAAGGAACUGCUCCGUGCCCAGGGCCUGGGAGACAUCCUGGACACCCCUAUUGGUUCCCUGACAGCCUCUCCAUCCUCUGGCUCACUGUGCAGCCAGGUGGGCCUUCAGUCUGUCACCAGCAUCCAGGAGCGCAUCAUGUCCACCCCUGGAGGAGAGGAGGCUAUCGAAAGACUCAAGGAAUCAGAAAAGAUCAUUGCCGAGCUCAAUGAAACAUGGGAAGAGAAACUGCGAAAGACUGAGGCAAUCCGCAUGGAGAGGGAGGCCUUGCUUGCAGAGAUGGGUGUGGCAAUCCGUGAAGAUGGAGGCACUUUGGGGGUUUUCUCGCCUAAAAAGACUCCACACCUGGUUAACCUGAAUGAGGAUCCUCUCAUGUCAGAGUGUCUACUCUACUACAUCAAAGACGGAAUUACAAGAGUGGGUCAGGCUGAUGCUGAGAGACGACAGGACAUUGUUUUAAGCGGUGCUCAUAUCAGGGAAGAGCACUGUAUCUUCCGCAGCGAGAGGAAUGCCAAUGGAGAUGUUAUCGUCAUGCUGGUGCCCUGCGAGAGAUCGGAAACCUACGUCAAUGGCAAGCGUGUUGAGGAUGCAAUCCAGCUUCGUUCGGGUAACCGUAUCAUUAUGGGAAAGAACCAUGUGUUCCGGUUCAACCACCCAGAACAGGCCAGAGCUGAAAGAGAGAAGACGCCAUCUGCUGAAACCCCCGUGGAGCCGGUGGAUUGGACCUUUGCUCAGAGGGAGCUUCUAGAGAAGCAGGGCAUCGACAUGAAGCAGGAGAUGGAGAAAAGACUCACUGAGAUGGAAAUCUUGUACAAAAAGGAGAAGGAAGAAGCAGACCAACUUCUGGAGCAACAGCGACUGGUGUACGAGAGCAAAUUGCAGGAACUUCAGAAACAGGUGGAGACUAUUUCUCUGGUAGCCGAGACACCUGAUGAAGAAGAGUUGGAGGAAGAGGAGGAAGAGGAAGUCCCGUGGACUCAGCAUGAGUUUGAGCUGGCUCAGUGGGCUUUCAGGAAGUGGAGGUACCAUCAGUUCACCUCCCUGCGUGACCAGCUGUGGGGUAACGCUGUCUACCUGAAGGAGGCAAACGCCAUUAGUGUGGAGCUGAAGAAAAAAGUCCAGUUCCAGUUUGUCUUACUUACAGACACUCUGUAUUCUCCGGUUCCCCCUGAGCUCCUGUCGCCUGAGCCAGAGAAAGAGCGUGACUCCAGGCCUUUCCCCCGCACCGUGGUGGCCGUAGAGGUUCAGGACUUGAAGAAUGGAGCCACACACUAUUGGUCCCUUGAUAAACUCAAGCAGAGGCUGGACCAGAUGAGAGAGAUGUAUGACCGUGCUGGAGAAAUGGCCUCCACGCAUCAGGAGGACGGCGAGGGCACUCUGACAGGAAAUGACCCCUUCUAUGACCGCUUCCACUGGUUUAAACUUGUGGGGAGCUCCCCCAUCUUCCACGGUUGUGUUAACGAGCACCUGGCCGACCGCACGCCCUCGCCUACCUUCUCCACGACUGACUCCGAGAUCACCGAGUUGGCGGACGAGCGCCAGAGCGAGAUGUCUGACUUGAUUGACGACGAGGCGUUCGUGGACGACACCAGCUCAGACGCCGGCACCGAGGAGGGCUCGGACAUCUUCAGCGACGGCCAGGACCCCUUCUACGACCGCUCCCCCUGGUUCAUCCUGGUGGGAAGAGCUUUCGUGUACCUGAGCAACCUGCUGUACCCUGUACCGCUGGUGCACCGUGUUGCCAUAGUAACAGAGAAGGGCGAAGUGCGUGGUUUCCUGCGUGUGGGGGUUCAGGCUAUAGCUGCUGACGAGGAGGCCCCAGACUACGGGUCAGGAGUAAGACAGUCAGGAACCGCCAAGAUCUCCUUUGAUGAUGAGUACUUCAAAAAGAAUGACUUUCCCUCCACGGUUAUGACCCGCUCCGGCUUGUCCCUGGAAGAGCUGCGCAUUGUGGAGGGUCAGGGUCAGAGUUCAGAGGUCAUCACACCCUCAGAGGAGCUCAACAGAAUCAAUGACAUGGACCUCAAGCUGGGUAACAUCGCAGAGACCAAGCUGAGUCUUGGUGACGAUCUGGCAGGCCAGCUGGAGGUUGGCAGCAUCUUUACUUUCCGUGUCACUGUGCUCCAGGCCAGCGGCGUCCCACCCGAGUACGCGGAUAUCUUUUGCCAAUUCAAUUUUCUGCAUCGCCAUGACGAGGCUUUUUCCACAGAGCCUCUGAAGAACGCUGGCAAAGGAGCUCCUCUGGGCUUUUACCACGUCCAGAACAUUUCAGUUGAGGUCACAGAGUCCUUCAUUGAGUACAUCAAGAGCAAGCCCAUCGUGUUUGAAGUGUUCGGCCACUAUCAGCAGCACCCGCUGCAUCUUCAUGGCCAGGACCUGAUCAGUCCUCCAACACCUUCAAGGAAAUAUUAUCCUAUCCCCAUGCCUCUGUCUAAACCAGUUCCAGCCACCAAGUUGAACACCAUCACUAAGUCCAACCUGGGUCAGUGCGUCAGCAAGUACGACCUGCUGGUCUGGUUUGAGAUCAGCGAGCUGGAGCCCACCGGAGAGUACAUCCCAGCUGUAGUGGAUCACAGCGGAGGACUGCCCUGCCAUGGCACCUACCUACUGCACCAGGGGAUCCAGCGGAGAAUCACAGUGACUCUCAUUCAUGAGAAGGGGAGCGAACUCCACUGGAAGGACGUGCGCGAGCUGGUCGUGGGUCGUAUCAGGAACAAGGCUGAAGUGGACGAUAGCGCUGCAGAUGCUGUCCUGUCCCUCAACAUCAUUUCUGCCAAGAAUAUCAAGUCAUCCCACAACUCAAACAGGACUUUCUACCGCUUCGAGGCCGUGUGGGACAGCUCCCUGCACAACUCCCUCCUGCUAAACAGAGUCACUCCAUAUGGAGAGAAGAUCUACAUGACCCUGUCUGCUUAUCUGGAGCUGGACCACUGCAUUCAGCCGGCCAUUAUUACCAAAGACAUCUGCAUGGUCUUCUACUCCAGAGACGCAAAGAUCUCCCCUCCCCGUUCCCUCAGGAACCUCUUUGGGAGUGGAUACUCCAAAACCCCUGACUGCAAUCGAGUCACCGGCAUCUACGAGCUGAGCUUGUGCAAGAUGUCUGACACUGGAAGCCCAGGGAUGCAGCGGAGGAGGAGGAAGGUCCUGGACACAUCAGUGGCUUAUGUGCGUGGAGAAGAGAACUUGGCCGGCUGGAGGCCCAGAGGAGACAGUCUCAUCCUGGAGCACCAAUGGGAGCUGGAGAAAAUGGAACAGCUGCAUGAGGUGGAGAAGACCCGCCACCUGCUCCUGCUGAGGGAGAAGCUUGGAGAGGCGGCACCAGUGGGAACAGCUCCCACCACCAAGUCCCUGAGCGAGUCGCUGUCGCCCAGCAUGAGCUCAGGCACCCUGUCCACCUCCACCUCCAUCUCCUCGCAGAUCUCCAGCACCACCGUUGAAAGCGCCAUCACGCCCAGCGAGAGCAGCGGCUACGACUCCACCGACAUCGAGAGCCUGGUGGAUCGGGAGAAGGAGCUGGCUACUAAGUGCCUGCGCCUCCUGACACACACCUACAACAGUGAAUAUAACCAAGUGGUCAACAGUAUCAGUGACUGCAAGCUGUCUGACAUCUCACCAAUCGGUCGGGACCCGUCGGUGACCAGCUUCAGCAGCGCCACCCUUACCCCCUCCUCCACCUGCCCCUCUCUGUCUGACUCCCGCUGUGGUUCAAUGGACCAGAAGACCCCAGAGAACAGCUCCCGUGCCUCCAGUCCUUCCUGCUCGGAUUAUGAAAACUUCCCGAUGGUUCCCACUCUGGAGACUUCCUACCUUGCACGGGCUGGAAAGAACGAGUUCCUCAACUUGGUGCCUGAUAUUGAAGAAAUGAGGCCGGGAUCUGUAGUGUCCAAGAAAGGUUUCUUAAGCUUCAUGGAGCCGCGCUCCAACUCGUGGGUGAAGCACUUUGUUGUUGUGCGCCGGCCCUACGUCUUUAUCUACAACAGCGACAAGGACCCGGUGGAGCGGGGUGUCCUCAACCUCUCCACAGCGCAGGUCGAAUACAGUGAAGACCAGCAAGCCAUGCUCAAGACUCCCCACACGUUUGCUGUGUGCACAAAACAUCGAGGAAUCCUCCUGCAGGCCAACAACGAGAAAGACAUGAACGACUGGCUAUACGCUUUUAACCCUCUGCUAGCAGGAACGAUAAGAUCUAAGCUGGCAAGGAGGCGCAGCGGUCUAAUGAAGAACUGAGUGAGUCGACCGGGCACGCAGGAAACCACGGCUUCCACUCUUUCUGGAAAGCCUUUGAACAUAACGAGUGUUAACACUUAUUAAUCAUUGUGAUUCUUGACGGUUUUCUCUUGUAAGUAGACUUGUGGCUUAAGUCUCCUUUCAUGCGACUAAAAGUUUCAGUUCCAGAGAAAUUUGCCUCCCCUCUCUCCCUCCAACAACCCUCUGCCAACUUAGCUUUCCUCCUCUCUAUUUCUCCUCCUAUCCUCCUCCUCCUCAGCUUUUUGUGUUUUUGUUUUUAUGACAAUGUUUGGGUCUGAAUUUGUUCCGCUUUGUUGUCAUUCCCCGUCUCCCUAACUAGUAGCAUGUUGUAAUGGUCUACGUGUGUGUGCACGAUUCUUCAGAAACUGUUCUUUCUGGCCACUAAUUUUCAGUUUGCCAAUCAUCUGUAAAAAAAAAAAAAAAAAAAAAAAAAUUGUCUCUAUCAGUGUUAUUUGUCUCUCGUGAAGAGUUUUAUUUUAUUAUUAGGUUGUUCUUUUUUUUUUUUUUUUUUUUUUUCUUCUUUUUUUUUUUUAUAUGCCUGCAUGAUAACCGCAGCAGUCCUCAGGAGAAGAGCAGGUUUGCUUACUCAAAAAAAAUAAAUAAAAUAAAAUUCUAACAAAUCAGAUAACCUUGAAACCAUGAAGGGAAAAUAUACAAAUAUCUCCAAGUGACGUAUCAGUUUACAUUCUGCUGCAGAAAGCAAGGCUACUUCAAGAUAUAUUGCUGCUAAUGAAUUCAUAGGUUUUCCUUCUCACCGUGAGGUCGGGCCGCUGCCUCUAGUUCCCCCUCUAGUCACCUAAACGGCCUUUAGAAACAAAAAUGUUAAGUCUGAAAAAUUAGUUCCAAAUCAGCGAGACACGAGGGCAGCACUGGAUUUCCACUGUCAUCCGUAUGAUAUUUAGAUCCUACUCCUCAGUCCGUGUACAUACACCAACUCCCACCCUGAUAGAGAGCCCGUCAGUCAGUCCAUGAGUGAUUACUUAAAAUCAUGCAUUUGUGUCAACAUCAAAAAUACAUGCUAACUGAAGAAACAUGCAAAAAUAUGUGAAGAUUUAUCUCAGCAGUGAAAACAUGACAAUGGAUUGUUCCUGUAGUACUAGAUAUUUGUCCCUGUCCUUUUGCUAUUUCAUCUCAAGAAGAAAAAAAAAACAGGGUAUCGAGGAGAGGAGGAGGAGGAGGAGGAGGAAGAUGGACAGUAUGAUUUGUACAUACAGUCUGUCCUGGGAUCAGUGUGGUAGUUAACUCUCAUUUAAGACAUUCCUCUCAGCUCUUAGCAGUUUCUUCUUACGCCAACGUGUCGAGCCUCAGACCUCAAGAGAGCCUCGACAUUUGCUGAUGUUUUGUUCAAUCACGCGAUAAUGAAGACAAAACAGAACAUUGUGAAACGGGAGUAAGAGGAAGUAAGAAAGAGAAUGAAGUUGCAAUGCUCUAGCCUUGAAGCAAGUAGUUAAUUGAUAAAUCUGCUAGCUCACAGCCUGCAGGACAGAUGAUGUCUAUCCCAUGACUCCCCUCACUGUCACGAUGGUGUCAGGUAAAAGAAAUCUCUAAAGUGAAGUACUUCCUGUUCCGCAGCACCACAGGUUACCAUGUGUUCCUUUUCUGUUUGCGUUCUUGAAUUGAAACCUCUUAACUCAUCUAACUCUCAUUGGGUUGACAUUGUUUUUUAUUUUAAAUUAUUAACAUUGUUGAUUGUUUUUUUUCUAUUAUGCUUUUAAUCAUUCCAUAGUGAAGUUUUAUAUGAAAUAUAACAGAGGGCAUUUAUUUCUUAAGUUCUAACCAAUGAUAUUGGUGUUUAACCUUAUUUUGCACAUGAACACAUAUCUAUGGCAAGACGAGGGCAGAUCACGCGUGUUAAGACCAAGGUUACUUCUAGUAUCAGGAACACUCACAAGAGCACAUAUCAAGGCUACACUGGAUAGCUGUUUCUCGAAAGGUUUACUAGAAAGAAAGAAAGAAGUGAUAUUAAAGGGACGACAUAUACUCAAAAGAUUUUAUUUCUGAUAUUGUUUAUGAAAAUAUUUGCUCUGUACAUCGCACCACAGCUGCUAUAUUUGGCUCCUUGGUAAGUUAUGACAUUUUUUGGCGUCUCUAUCUCUACAAAUGGUACAAAUGUGAUAAAUACAGAUGGGCGUUAAAAACUCUGGCCAACCAACCAGUAGUAAGCCUAGUGUAUCAUGUAAAAGGGACAUCAGGAUUAAAUGUAUUGAAACAGAGGUCGCCAUCGCCUGUGACAAAAAAAUAAUUGGUGGUAUAUCUUCAUUGUUUGCUGAUGGAAAGACAGAAAACAUUUGCCUCAGAAGUCAGAAUAAUUAAUUAAAUUACAGAGCGUCGCUGCCCUCAGGUCAGCCAACCUGCUGGUCAGAGAAACAAAAACCUGAUGGAAUUGUUUCUGAGAAAAUGUUUUGUCUGUCGAGGAACCAAGACAUGUUAAAAAAUUAUAAUGAUAAACCAUCUGUGCGCACUGAUCAAGGUUGGAAGUGCAGUGUACCUCACAAUGUGUGUGAGAUGCAUAUCGAUACAAAUACCUGUCAGAGCAAACAUUUUCACUCCAGUGACUAAUUUGCAGAGGUUUAUUAUUUUGGAUUGUGUAUUUAUUGUUUGCAAUGUACAUAUUAGUUUGCAGCUCUUUGCACAUAUCAAUAAAAAUAAAGGUUCAACUAACUGAUCAAAUAAAGUCUGUGCGGUUUAGUUGUUCUACUCAGAAUGAACCAAAUGAUGGCAAGGCAGCCUCUUUCAGCCUGAACUGGGAGAGCGUUGAAUGUACUAUGAAGGUGUGUGUUUAUCCAUCGUUAAAAACAAAGAGAACUAAAAUGUAACCCACUGUUUUUUUUUUUUUUCCUUUUCCAUGGGAGGUGAGUUACAUUAGUGUUUCCUCUUUAUGAGAAGGUGGUUUGAGUGGAAUUCUGCUUUUGAAUUGAAGAAUAUUUACUCAUUACUCAUGCUUAGCCAGCCACUUGAAUUAUGACAAAACAAGGGUGGUUUUGAACUCAUUUUAUUUUUUCUAAUAUCAGGGAAUAUAACACAGAGUAGCUAGUGACAUCUAAAAUGACAGUAUACUAUUGUUGUGCUGGUGUCUUUCUUCACCUCAACACUGUUUUUUUUGUUUUUUUUCCGUUGAUGCCUUUCAAACAAAAACUAGCCAUUAUAUUUUCCAUCUUUCCCUCUGACAAUUAAUAUCAGUUAACUGCGUUCCCUUUGGAUUUGCUCACCAAAAGAAAAGACAAACCAUGACAUUAACGCUGUACAUUAUUUGUCAGACUGGUUUCAUUUUCAUACUUAUUUUGUAAAUAUCUGUGUUGUAUGGAGCUUGACUUAAAAUGUAAAUAUGUUUACUGUAUUUGUAAUAAUUAUAAUCCAUUCGCUGUAUAGCAUAGAUGUGUCAUGCAGAUAUCCUAAUUCUGUGUAUGGUAAUAUUGCACAAUUGAACUGUUUAGUGAAUGAGGCAACAAUAAAAAGUGCAAACUGUGCAUUAGCAAAACAA